AUGGGCAACAGCGAGAAAUCCCCGACUCCCACCACUGGCGACAGCGACGAUGUCUCGGCUUCAGCUGUAGACCACGCCACUGCCCAGCCACCGGAUGACAAACCACAGGGUGCCCUCCGAUCCUCUCCACUAGUCUUUAACCCCGCUAACCUCUCCCUGUCAGAUCCUAGCGCUAGCAAGCCAUAUAGCGUCUACACAUCCAGGGAGAAAUGGUUCAUCGUCGCCGUCACCUCUUUUGCGGCCAUGUUCAGCCCAUUGACGGCGAACAUCUAUUUCCCUGCCAUUCCAACGAUCGCCCUUGCCUUCAACAAAUCAACGGAACUCAUCAAUCUGACUGUAACGGUGUACAUGGUCAUUCAAGGUGUCGCGCCUAUGUUCUGGGGAACGCUGUCGGACCGUUGGGGAAGACGUCCGAUGUUUGUCGUCUGCCUCCUCGUCCUCUGUGUUGCCUGCGUUGGGCUCGCCCUCGUGCCCACGGACGCCUACUGGUUUCUCAUGCUCUUCCGGUGCUUGCAAGCCGCCGGCUCAGCGAGCACUAUCGCCCUCGGCGCUGGUGUGAUAGCGGACAUUGCGGCCCCUGCUGAGCGCGGCAACUUCUUUGGCAUGUGGAGCAUCGGGCCGAUGGUAGGACCUUGCGUCGGUCCUAUUUUGGGCGGUGUUCUCGCCGACAAGCUGGGAUGGAGGUCCAUUUUCUGGUUCUUGGUGAUCUCGUCUGGAGUAUGUGCGCUUGUCAUGAUACUCCUUCUCCCAGAGACUCUUCGUGCCAUGGUCGGAGACGGGAGCAUCCCACCCCCCGCGUGGUACAAACCCGUCAUCCCCGUCAUCAGCCGCACAACACAGGACACCAGCGACGUCGUCCGGCCACCCCCUCGCCCCUUCCAGAACCCGCUCCUGCUCUUCCUCUGCCCCGACGUGACGCUCAUCCUCCUCUUCAACGCGCUCGUCUACGCCGAGUUCUACGCCGUCAUCGCCACCAUCUCCGUCCUCUUCCAGGAAGUCUACCCGUACCUCAACGAGACCGAGACCGGUCUCUGCUUCCUCCCCAUCGGCAUCGCCAUGCUCCUCGGCGGUAUCGUGAACGGGAAGAUCUCCGACCGCGAGUACCAGCGCAUCAAACGCCAGAUGAUAGGCAAAAUCGAGGCCGACCCCGAGAGCACCCUCAAGCCGGAGGACGUGACGAAGGAGGAGCACUUCCCCAUCGAGCGCGCCCGCCUGCGCCUCAUGCCGUUCCUUUUGGGGAUCUUCUCCGUGGCCUGCAUCGGAUACGGCUGGGCCCUGCAGGCCCACGUCUCCCUCGCGGGCUCGCUCGUGUUGCAGUUCAUCAUCGGCUGGACAUGCAUCGCGAUCAUGAACAACGCGCAGACGCUCAUCGUCGACCUCGUGCCCGAACACGGCUCUGCGAUCACGGCAUGCAACAACCUGGUCCGGUGUUGCAUUGGAGCCGUCGCGGUCUCUGUCAUCGAUCUAAUCCUCAAGGCUCUCCGUCCAGGCUGGACGUACGUUCUCCUAACGGGUAUCUGCGUCCUCUUCUUGCCAGUCCAGUGGGUCAUCCUGCACUAUGGGCCCAUCUGGAGGGCCCAGCGACGAGCGAGGAAACUCGCUGCCGGGCAAGCGACGCUGAAAGUGUAA